ACGAAUCUUGGUCUUAGAAAAAAGUGUCAUUGGGACAUUGGUCUUUAAAUAUCUGGAUUAGAUUUUUCAAUGACAAAACAAGAUAAAGAUAGAGUUGCGGGAUUAGCCUAUGUAGGGCAAGUGUGUGGGCGCUUGUCUUGCGCAAUAGCAAAAUUCGAUGCUAAACCUAGAACAAUACAUACUGGCUUUACAUCAACCCACAUUGCUGCUCAUGAAAUUGCUCAUGUUUUAGGAGUACGUCACGAUAAAGAGAUGGGUGGGAAAUGUAAUGAGAACAUUUACUUGAUGAGCGAAAACUGGAUAAAAAGAGGCCAGGCAACAUGGUCCGAGUGUAGUCGUAACCAAAUUGAAGAACUCGACAAUGAGUGUCUUAGAAAUCAGGCGAGAUCGAUAAACCUUGAUGACGCAUAUGCAUUCUAUCAUUUGCGUUAUCACGAUUUACCCGGAAGAGAAUGGACUGCCAAAGCACAAUGCGAAUUAUAUUUUCGUGACCAUGAUGCGAACGUAGUCACGUUGCAUGAUAUAUGUCAUACUUUGGAAUGCGAGAUGCCUAGUAUGAAGUCCGACGAUAAGACAUCAUAUAAUCGCAUUGGAGCGCCGUUGGAUGGAACAUAUUGCGCACCCGGGAGAGAAUGCCGCGGUGGAAAAUGCGUGCCCGUUCAAGAACCGCCAUAUAUCUUUAAUUAUUAUAGAAAGGAUAAAUGGAGUGAAUGGGAAGUAGGCCCCUGUAAAAGCAGUUGCAUCGAGAAAUCUAAAGGCGUACAAGUCAGACGACGAUUUUGCGUACAACGAAAUAAAAGAACGGCCAAUUGCAAAGGACCGUAUUACGAUGUUGUUAUAUGCAAUGAUUUCAGCUGUAAUUUUUUCAUCAGCCGAACAAUCGAUCGGUUUGCUCUGAUAAUAUGCAGGAUAUUCGGAGGAACACUGAAAACGUCCAACUUCAGAUAUCCAACAAUCCAACUGAAAAAUUGGAUAGGAUCCUCAUGGAAGCAGGCCUCUCAUGAUGUCGAGAAACCAUGGAUAGCCUGCACUAUAUUCUGUCUACUAAAGAAUACAAGUACUUACUACCCAGUACGUGAAAUAAUGUUCGAUUUUGAAAAUUACCCGUACAUUUCGUUUCCAUACUUCCCCGAUGGAACGUGGUGUCACAAAGAUGAAGAUGGUCAGGAUUAUUAUUGCCGGCAGCAUUAUUGUCUUCCGGAAAACUACUCAUUUGAAGAACAAUAUUCGGGAGACUAUCAACAUGUGUGAAGAAAGAUCAGAAAAUUACGAAAUGUGCGUAAAUUAAUUUACAACCGUUAGUCAAGUUGUUUAGUAGUUGCAGAUUAUUUAUCUGAUAUACAGUCGUACGAAUUGUCAUUAUUAACUUCUGUUUUGUGUAUCGUCCAUUCCUUGCUCGAUGAAAACAAAUGGACGAAAAAUUUGAUCAAAUUACCGGCAUCUAAAUCGAAUUUCAUUCAUUGAUAUUAUUAAAAGCAAAAAAAAAAUUGUUUUAAAUUAUUAGAUAAUAAUUAACAUUCUCACAAAAAAGGAGAAUAAAUAAAUAAAGUACAAGCAUUUUUAUUUGGUAUAAGAAAAUGUUUCCGAAGAAGAUCAACGAGAACGAUAAC